CGCUGAAAAAGCCCACUGGUGGGUGGUGGCUUUUGCUUGUGUGGGGUUUGGUUAGAUUUCUGUAGCUACCUUUGUAAACUAGCUGUUAACUAGCUUUAAACUAGUGACAUACAGUUUAUAAAAUUAAGACACUUAUAUGGUGCAACGACAAGCGGCUUUUGCUAAGGAAACGUGUUUAACUUAACCACAGAAUGGAGAGACAGUUGCAUUUGAAUUUGUUAGCUUCCAGACCCCCGAUGGCAGGAGGUUUACAGUCGGGCUCUAAAAUGAAAAUGGGACCUGGAAGAAAGCGUGACUUCUCUCCCCUGCCCUGGAGUCAGUAUUUUGAAACCAUGGAAGAUGUGGAAGUGGACAAUGACAACAGCAAAGACACAUUCAGGAUCUAUAGCAGUGGUUCUCAGGGUCCGGUGCUGCUUCUGCUUCAUGGAGGAGGCCACUCUGCUCUCUCCUGGGCCGUCUUCACUGGCGUGAUAUGUAGCAGGAUUAAGUGCAGGGUUGUAGCUAUGGAUCUCAGGGCACAUGGAGACACAAAAGUGAAAAACCCAGAAGACCUGUCAGCCGAAACAAUGGCCAAGGAUGUUGGAAAAGUUGUGGAAGCUCUCUAUGGUGAAAACCCACCUCCAAUAAUGAUGAUCGGUCACAGCAUGGGUGGAGCAAUAGCAGUCCACACUGCCGCAGCCAAUCACGUGCCAUCGUUGCUUGGCCUGUGUGUGAUUGAUGUAGUGGAAGGUACAGCGAUGGAUGCCUUAAAUAGUAUGCAGAAUUUUUUAAGGAGUCGACCAAAAACUUUCAAGUCAGUGGAGAAUGCCAUUGAAUGGAGUGUGAAGAGUGGACAGAUCAGGAAUAUCGAGUCUGCACGUGUAUCUAUGGUUGGACAAGUAAAAAAAUGUGAUGAGCCUUUGAGCAGUCCUGGCAUUUCUAAGAGCAUCAGUGAAGGGAUCAUUGAGGAAGAGGAGGAAGAGGAGGAAGAUGGCGAGUCCAACCACAAAAGGAAGAAAGAAGACGACCAAGAGGUAAAGAAAGAGAGUCUGUAUACCUGGCGCAUUGAGCUGUCUAAGACAGAGAAGUACUGGGAGGGCUGGUUCAGAGGCCUGUCCUCUCUCUUCCUCACAUGCCCUGUGCCAAAGCUACUGCUCCUGGCUGGCAUUGACCGACUGGAUAAAGACCUUACCAUAGGACAGAUGCAGGGAAAGUUCCAGAUGCAGGUCCUCCCACAGUGUGGCCAUGCUGUUCAUGAGGAUGCACCUGAAAAAGUAGCUGAUGCUUUAGCCACCUUCAUGGUGCGGCAUAAGUUCACUGAAUUCAAGGAAGACUUCCCCUGACGAUGUACAGUCUCUGCUAGCCUUCAUCCAUCAGCUUGGUGUAAUGAAAGUGAUGAAAACCAUCCUCCUCAUCUCUGUCGCUCUUCAUCGGAAAUAACAGUACUACCACCAACAUGCCAUCAUCUCUGCUGCAAAUCCUUCUUAGCACUUCAUUCUUAAAUAUUUUUUGUUAAUUUUUAUGAAAUUAGUUAUGAUUGCUAUUGUUAUGAUCAUAACUGUAAGAUGUGUAGAUCUUACGCCAACAUUGUAAGAUCACUGAAACUGGCAGAAGUUAUUUAUUCUUAUUUUCUUCUAUAAGUAUUUUCUUCAUUUGCAUUUCAUCCAAUGCCUUGCUUGUUUGUUGUUAAAAUUAGGAUGACUGUGUCAUGUGUUCUGUGUUAUUCAUUGUCAAUUUUCAAGAUGGAAGAAUAAAAAAGGAUGUUUGAA